GUAAAACUGCAGUGUUUCUGUUUCUAGAUAGUACUUUGCUUCUUUGUCUCUUUAAAAGGCCACAGUGAAAGCUUGGCCUGGAUCGUGCCGGCCCUAUGGAAUGGAUAAGGGCAUAAUCUCUUCAAAUGUGAUCCUGGGGUUCUGUGGGGGCAAGGGAGGUGAUCCGGUCAGGAUGUGAUGGAAGACAUUGCAAAAGAAAAAGAUUCUUAGAAGCAGAACCCUGGAUUUGUCGUCCUUUUCAAAGGGAAAUAAUUGCUGUAGUUGAGUUCACUGUUUCAGAUUUGGUGUUAGUUCAUGCACAGGGACAUGGGAUUUGGAGAAAGUAGUUUGGUUUCUGUGUGCCAACUAGCCGUGACAAUAAAAGGGGCCUGAAAAUGCCUAACUCAAGAGAAAGUCUUGAGCCUGGCAUCUGUUGAGACUGAAGUUUUUAGUCCCGCAGCUGACAGUGGAGCCAGGCCUGCUGGAGGUUGUUCUUUUCCAUUCUAAACUGAGGUCUGGUGAACUUUAGCCUUGGGCAUAGAGUUUAAAGGAGUAAAUUGGGUGUUUUAUGUGCAUAUAAUUUUGCUUUAUAAUAUAAGGCUUUUUACAGGAUGGCAACGUUUAAUAGACACUUAUAUGUGGGUAUUCAGAAGAUAGUUUUUGCAUGACCUAUAUGAUGUUUUCAUUGUCAAUACAUUAACUAAAUUAUAAUUUGUCACUUUCAUUUGCUGUAAGUUUAAAGUGCUGUUAAGCCUCAUGAUUACUUAAUAUGUUUUGCGGCAUUAACUUUUGAUACUGUUGUCUACCCCCCUUUUUUUCCCUUCUUAGAUUGCCCCAGGGUUCAAAGAUUUUCUUUUUAAAUACUAUUUUGAAAUUUGCCUUUUGCUGUAGGGUAAGGCAGUUUCAGGAAAGGCAGGUCCACAUUAUUAUCCACAUGAAACAUUAAAAUCAAGAGUUUUUAAAGUGAAUAAAUAUCGUUAACUCUGGUUUUAGACUGCAGCUUAAUAUAAUGGAGAAGAGUAAUCUUGAUAGAAAAAAAAGUGGUUGAAAACUGCACAUUUAUUGUUAAUGAACCUAAUAACCAAAAACAGAUGGGGCCUCGAUCAACGGUAAACCUUAGUCCUCAGCCUGCCACCCUGGAGUACAAAGAUAAAUAGCCUUUAUUAUUUUUCAAACUUUAUAUUUUUACAGUUGUCCUUCUUAAGGUUGCUUUUAAACCCCUAGAUUAUCAGUUAUUCCCCCCCCCCAUAUGCAGAAUGGAGCAGCAGUCUAAUUACACAGAAGAAUAAAAUGCUUAUAGAAAAGCCAUACUUUCAACAAUCACUACAGACUGGCUUUCCAAUCCAGGUUGAGUGAUUUAAUAUAGUGCAUUUUUGGAAAAAUACGGUGUUUGUCAAAUUAGUAGACACUGGCAUAAGUUUUCAGUUAUCUUGGUCUGUAUCUCUCCAACUAUGAUCCCCUUCGUUGCUGGUAGCCACAAUCCUUUCACGUAUUCUGCAAGUUCAUGAAAUAAUUCCACUCACCUGUUCUUAUCAGUUCUAGUUAAAGUUAUAUUUUGAAAGUAACUGAUAAUGCACUUAUUUAUUAUAAAUAGUAUGACAGUGAUGUCUAAUAUAUAACUGAAGAUGAUUAUAUUUUCUAAGUUAAUUAUGAUGUUAAUUCCAUUCCAUAUUGAGAUUACGUUUGACUGUUGGACCUUGCGUUUUAUCAAUAUCAUCAAGAUUUUUUAAAGUGAGCCUGGCAUGUGAAUAUAGUGUGUAAAUCAGCUUUUUGCUGCUUAAACCAUUCUCCAUUAAGAGCGUUCACAGACUAAUUCUGAAACAGGAGUUUGAAUGGUUUGGUAUGGAAUGUUUGAAGAGCCCCUCGAGUUUUCUUGUUUGCUUAGGGGUGAAGUGGUCCUGUCACCUGUUUGACACAAAACUGGACGGGGUAUUUGACAGGUCAUGUAACUCUUGAAACCUUGAUUGUAGAAAACUUUCUCUACCCAUUAGUUUCUAACCCCAGUGUGGAGUGUAAAUAGCCAUCUGCUUCUAAAAUGUAUUAUUUUCCUUUCAUGGAACAAAAAUAUAUGUAAAGUAUAAAAACUUAUUUAACUGAUAUUUUAGUCUGUCACCAUUGCAUCAUUUUAAAAUGCUGCUGUUGAUUCUGUAAUGAGUUUCUAAUUUUUAAAAGUUACAAAGACAUAAACAAUUUGCUGUUUUCUUUUUGGCUACAUAUUGUAAAAGAAAACCCAUUUUCCCCCCAUUUAGUUUUGCUUGUAGAUGACAGAUCACCUUUUUAUUCAUGUGUGUUGAUACAGUUUCCGCAGAUUAUUCUGUUAAUUUGAAUGGAAAUGUAAUGCUGUUAUCUAGACAUACAGAAAUGUCUGUAUUAUGUUAUAUCUAGGUAAGCAGUUCUCCAAAUGUGUUUGUGGAGAGAAAUGUUUAGCAGUAACCUUUAACAUGGGGCACAUACAGAUAUAGACCCCCCCCCAACUCAAUUAUAACAUAUCUUCUUUUUUUAAAUUCUGGCAGGUGAUCUUUAGACAGUGACUGAGUAUGGAUCAUUUGAACGAGGCAACUCAGGGGAAAGAACAUUCAGAAAUGUCUAACAAUGUGACUGAUCCGAAGGGCCCACCAGCCAAGAUUGCCCGCCUGGAGCAGAACGGGAGCCCGCUAGGAAGAGGAAGGCUUGGGAGUACAGGUGCAAAAAUGCAGGGAGUGCCUUUGAAACACUCGGGCCAUCUGAUGAAAACCAACCUCAGAAAAGGAACCAUGCUUCCAGUUUUCUGUGUAGUGGAACAUUAUGAAAACGCCAUUGAAUAUGAUUGCAAGGAGGAGCAUGCGGAAUUUGUGUUGGUGAGAAAGGACAUGCUUUUCAACCAGCUGAUAGAAAUGGCAUUGCUGUCUCUAGGUUACUCUCAUAGCUCUGCUGCCCAGGCCAAAGGGCUCAUCCAGGUUGGAAAGUGGAAUCCGGUUCCACUGUCUUAUGUGACAGACGCCCCUGAUGCUACGGUGGCAGACAUGCUCCAAGAUGUGUAUCAUGUGGUCACGUUGAAAAUUCAGUUACACAGUUGCCCCAAACUAGAAGACUUGCCUCCUGAACAAUGGUCGCACACCACAGUAAGGAAUGCUCUGAAGGACUUACUGAAAGAUAUGAAUCAGAGUUCGUUGGCCAAGGAGUGUCCCCUUUCACAGAGCAUGAUCUCGUCCAUUGUCAACAGUACUUACUAUGCAAAUGUCUCAGCCGCAAAAUGUCAAGAAUUUGGAAGGUGGUACAAACAUUUCAAGAAGACAAAAGACAUGAUGGUUCAUGGAAUUGUUCAGAAGAGGAAAACACCCAUGCAGCCUGUCGAAAUGGAUAGUCUUUCUGAACUAUCCCAGCAAGGUGCCAACCACGUGAACUUUGGCCAGCAGCCGGUCCCAGGGAACACAGCCGAGCAGCCUCCGUCCCCCGCGCAGCUUUCGCAUGGCAGCCAACCCUCUGUCCGGACCCCUCUUCCAAACCUGCAUCCUGGGCUCGUUUCCACACCUAUUAGUCCUCAGUUGGUCAACCAGCAGCUGGUGAUGGCUCAGCUGCUGAACCAGCAGUAUGCAGUGAAUAGACUCCUAGCCCAGCAGUCCUUAAACCAACAAUACUUGAACCACCCUCCCCCUGUCAGUAGAUCCAUGAAUAAGCCUUUAGAACAACAGGUUUCAACCAACACAGAGGUGUCUUCCGAGAUCUACCAGUGGGUACGAGAUGAACUGAAACGCGCAGGAAUCUCCCAGGCAGUAUUUGCACGUGUGGCUUUUAACAGAACUCAGGGCUUGCUUUCAGAAAUCCUCCGGAAGGAAGAGGACCCCAAGACUGCAUCCCAGUCUUUGCUGGUUAACCUUCGGGCUAUGCAGAACUUCUUGCAGUUACCGGAAGCUGAAAGAGACCGAAUUUACCAGGAUGAAAGGGAAAGGAGCUUAAACGCAGCCUCUGCCAUGGGUCCUGCCCCUCUGAUAAGCACGCCACCCAGCCGUCCUCCGCAGGUGAAAACAGCUACUAUUUCUACGGAGAGGAAUGGGAAGCCAGAGAACAAUACCAUGAACAUUAAUGCUUCCAUUUAUGAUGAGAUUCAGCAGGAAAUGAAGCGUGCUAAAGUGUCCCAAGCACUGUUUGCAAAGGUUGCAGCAACAAAGAGCCAGGGAUGGUUGUGUGAGCUGUUACGCUGGAAAGAAGAUCCUUCUCCAGAAAAUAGGACCCUGUGGGAGAACCUCUCCAUGAUCCGUCGGUUCCUCAGUCUUCCUCAGCCAGAACGGGAUGCCAUUUACGAACAGGAGAGCAACGCAGUGCAUCACCAUGGCGACAGGCCUCCCCACAUCAUUCACGUGCCAACAGAGCAGAUUCAGCAGCAGCAGCAGCAGCAGCAGCAACAGCAGCCGGCACCGCCGCCCCCACAGCCACAGCAGCAGCCCCCGGCAGGCCCCCGGCUCCCGCCACGGCAGCCCACCGUGGCCUCACCUGCCGAGUCGGACGAGGAGAACCGGCAGAAGACACGGCCGCGAACAAAAAUUUCAGUGGAAGCCUUGGGAAUCCUGCAGAGUUUCAUCCAAGACGUGGGCCUGUACCCCGACGAAGAGGCCAUCCAGACUCUGUCCGCCCAGCUCGACCUGCCCAAGUACACCAUCAUCAAGUUCUUUCAGAACCAGCGCUACUAUCUCAAGCAUCACGGCAAACUGAAGGAUAAUUCCGGUUUAGAGGUGGAUGUGGCAGAAUAUAAAGAUGAGGAAUUGCUUAAGGAUUUAGAAGAGAGUGUCCAAGAUAAAAAUGCUAACACCCUUUUUUCAGUCAAACUAGAAGAUGAGUUGUCGGUGGAAGGAAACACAGACAUUAGUGCUGAUUUAAAAGACUGACAUUACAGUAUUAUUUUCAUUCAUCAACGCCCCCGGUAUUUACUGACAAGAUGAAAAGUCCACAUUGCAUUCUCAGAAAACCUUUGUUGGUCAUUGUUUGCCCAGUGAAUCUUCAGAAACUUGCACAAACAGGAAAGUUGGGAAAGGCAUAAUGCAGACUGCACUAAUGUUUUACAAACUGCUUGGCAGCCCCAGGUGAAGCAAGGAUUGUUUGGUAUGAAAAUCUGUGUUCACGGAGCACACCACGGUGUGUACCCGUAAGCAUGAGACCCGUGCUUUUUUAUUCUUUAAUUAUUAUUCUGGAGCCUCAAAACAAGCAUUAUAACUUCUGUGAUUAUGCUUUCCUUUCCUUUAAUUAUUUCUGUAACACUCCACACUGAUCUUUGGAAACUUACCCCUUAUUUUGAAAAAAAAAAAGGAAAAAAAAAAGAGUUUGUUACUCUAUUGUAUGUUACAAAAGAACUAUAGACUGUGGAAUGCAGUUUAAAAAUGACAUAUGCCAACAAAUGCCUUGUAUUAUAUGGCACUGCCGUAAUUCAAAUUUGUUUUUAUUUUGGAAAUAAAAGUUCACUGUAAUUUUUUCAUUCACAUUGUUACAUGAUUUUU